AUGGCUUUACCAAUGUCAGUUUCACCCAAAGCGUUUUCGAUAUUCGGUGAGUACGGCGGCAUAACCAUAACGGAGAAGGCAAACGAGGGUGGAAGGCGCGAUGCUUCCGUUGCUGUAAUCAUCGGCUUUGGUGGCAAGAAAGGGAUGAUAUUACGAAGUCUCUCCCUGGCCAAAGUGCGUUGCGGAAUACGGCCGAUUCCCGUGAUUAGACGGGUGUAUCGAUCGGCGAUUAAGGAACAACAGCGUCGACACCGGCUUCUCGUGAAGAUGUUCGCUUGUAAAAUGAGGAGGGAGCCGCGAACGAGCGUUGGUGGCUGGAAUAUUGGUGGGGUGUCGGCGGGUCAGCAUAUGCAGCUCACGGGCGACCUGAAGCCGGUCGUGUCCGUCGCGGCGCAGCAGGGCAUGUACUUCAAUCAGCAACAGCCGCAGAAUCAGGCCGGGCCGUCGGCUAAUCAGGCCGACACCUACUGCUCGGUCUCGCAAUCUCAGACCAUCAAUUUCACUCAGCAGAGUCUGAGGCAGCGGGCGGCGGCCGCGGCCGCCGGCGGUGUGCCGCAACCGGGUGCUGCCGGCCCGGGGACGCGGGCCCAUCCGCAGCAGGUGCCGCCGGGCCAGGUCGACCAGCAUCAGCACGCGAAGCUCCUUCAGCAGCAGCAGCAACUGAUGCGCGCGCAACAGGUGAUGCAGCAGCAGCAGCAGCACAUGGCGGGCGGAAUGGGGAGCGUAAGGCCGCCACCACCCGAAUACAAGGCUGCGGCCCAAGCGCAGAUGAUGCACGCUAGUAUCGGUAUGGGUCAGCAAGCGAGGUUUGCCAACGCCGGGCCUAUGCGCAGAGUGACGCAACAACCUAUGCCGCCAUCGGGUCCGAUGAUGAGGCCGCAAAUGGCGCAACAGCAGCAGCAGCAGGCGUUACACGCGGCCGGCGGUAAUAUGUACAUGGGCGGUGGCGGGAUGGCCGCCAUCGGCGGUAUGCAUCAGAUGCACCAGCGGCUAGGCUAUCCGAGAACCAACAAUCAACGGCCGCCCAACGUCAGCGUCGGCCCUCCGGACGGCCUUGGGAACAGCAUCGCGGGUCGUGGCGCCCAGCAGGAGUGGCGACACGUUCUGAUGCAGCAGCAGCAGGGCUUUCAGGCGCAAAUGCGCUCGCAAUUCAAUCAGCAAAGUCAUCAAGGUGCUUUCGGCAUGGGUGGCGCGGGCGGCACGAUGCAAAUGACCGCGGCGCAGAUGCAACAUCAGCAGUUAAUCCGCUCGCAAAACGGCGGGAUAGCCGGCACGGGAAUGGCCAACAGCACGCAGAUGCAGCAACUGUUGACGCAACAACACCAGCAACAAACGCUGGCUAUGCAGCAAAACAACAAUCAGAUGUCGUUGCAGAUGCAGAUGUCUCAGACAACAUCCGUGAACUCCGUCAAUGUUACCGGAACCGGUUCUCCUUUGCAUCCGCAUCAGCAGUACGGCGGGGGUAGUCCGGGAGUACGUAGUCUACCACCACCGCAACAGCACACUCAACCGCCACCACCGGCCACCACCACGGACCCGUCCGUGGCGGCCGCUGACUUUAGCCUCGAAUUCCUGGAAAACCUUCCUACGGGAGAUACGUCGAACUUCAGCGCUCAAGAACUGCUUAAUUCUCUCGACUCUACGGCCGGUUUCAAUCUCGAUAUUCUGUAAUGGGACCACGCCUGUGGUUGGUUCAGAUGUCGGUGUCUGGCGGUAUGCCGGUUUUACUACUACGGUGGGCGAGUGAGAUCGACUGCCUCCCUGAAGUAUAUACUUGGCGCGACGAUACCGGCGAAUUUCACUUCGUCCGUCCGCGUAUCGACCUGCUUCCCAUCAUGGUUUCUCUCAUUGUAUUAAAUUAAUUGUAUUAAAUUAUGUGAUCUUUUUUGUCAGUACAUUUUUGGAAGAGAUUAUUGAACUAAAUGUCUUUCCUUAACAUUUGGUUUAAAAAGAAAAUAUUAUCUGUUAAUGAGGCAUUUGGUUUAAUCAAAGUACAAUUCAUGAUGACAAAAUGAUGAUAAAAAAAUUUGAAAAUUCUUUCAAAUGAUGAUCUCUUCUCGAGGGAACGGGCGCAGGUUGAUAAUAUCGCUCGUUGCAGGUACUUUGUUACGUUUGAUGACUGAGUGACAGUUACCCACCGGUAUGACGACGUCGACCACAGCCGGUCGUAGUGCAUUCUCGGCCGUCGCAUCCGCGGCCGCCGACUAUUCUUCUAGGCAAUCACAUUUUAGUAAAAUUUAAUUUUGUAAUAAUAACCGCGCCGAAGGGCGAGGGAGUUUUAGCCCGUGGAGACGUGGUAACGUGGGAUAUCAAGAGGUACGUGGAAAUCGUUCUAUCUCUCGUUUUCUCGUCGGGUUAACAAUACCGCACCUGAAAAAUAGCGAAACGUCGAGAUAUCGCGGUUUCUAUUUUCUUUUCGAGUUCGCCCACGGCCGGCUAUACCGAGAACGAUCGAUAAAUUUCCGAGUGCUCGCGUCGACGACUUCGACGACUGCGAUGACUUCGACGGGCACUCCGCAAGGCGAUUCUCCUCUCUCUUGAUUUUUCACGUCAAAAUCCGCGCAAGUAGAUAGAGAUAUUGAUAUUGAUACGGAGGCCGCAAUUAGUGUUUACUUGACUGAACCUAUUCGGCCGCAAAAGUGGUUACCUUGCGCCGGCUCGUCUUUGUAAAACGUUCAAGAUUUCUGGACGAACGAGCCCGGCCGGGCGUUAAUACUUUAUAAGGAUAAUAAUGUAACAAUAUUAUGAUUAUAUUAUAUUAUUAUAUUAUAAUAAUAUAAUAAUA